AAAAUCACGGAGUGUAUCCAAACUAUUGUCAUUUUUCAAAAACACUGUUCAAAGGGGUCGAACUCUUGUUUUUUUCCUAAUGUAUAUUUCGUAUCUCACAUUAAUAUCCUCACUAAAUGUGAUAUAUAUUGUUUUACGCUGGAUUUUCCUGCUGGAGGAGUGAUCGGCGAUCAGUUAGUUCGCCUGCGCCGCCCGUGCGUCAUUGCGUCAUCCGACGCACAGUGUUUUUGCUUCGUCUCUUUCAAACCGCGGAGAGUCUCUUCGUUUACACCCUCGGUGUUUCCUCUCGGUGUGGACUCUCGCGCUUCAUCCGGUGCUCGCGCGCUCGUGGCGGAUCUCGAGGAGCGGCGCGAGGCUCGGUGACGCGGGACGCGGCGAAAGCGGAGGGUUUUCUGAGGCGAAUUAUUGCGCAUGUUCAUGAACCGCCCGAAUGAACGCGGAUCAAUAAUACACCGAGAUCUGAUCAAAACACGGCGGAACCCGACAAAAGGAUCCGUUCUGUGAUUGGAGUCCCACCGAGACGAGCCUGAUCGCGCUGAUCGAUACCUGAUCGAUAUCUGAGGAGAUGUGCGUGCACUGAUCGCCUCAGGAUCGAUAUCUGAUCGAUAACACACGCUGGAGCUCCUCAGGAGGAUGCGAUGGUCACAUUAGACAGGUGUGCUCUUCCUCCUCCUCCUCAGGUGUGUCGGAUCAGCUGGAUGUGACACACACACACACACACACACACACACACACACACACACACACACAUCAUGCAGGCUCCGCCCCUCCAGUAUGAUUUCUACAGUGAGGAGAACGCGCCCAAAUGGAGAGGACUGCUGGUGCCGUCACUCAACAAGGUGCUGAGUCAGGUGCACCCGAAGCUGACGUCCCAGCAGGAGGCGCUGCAGUACAUCGAGGGUCUGAUCCUGGUGCUGCUCAACACUCUCUGUCAGGCUCAGCCCCGCACCGUUCAGGACGUGGAGGAGCGUGUUCAGAGGAGUUUCCCGCACCCCAUCGAGAAAUGGGCCAUCGCCGACGCUCAGAACGCCAUCGACAAGAGGAAGAGGAGGGGCCCGCUGGCACUUCCUGUCGACAAGAUCCACCCACUCCUCAAGGAGGUUCUGGGUUAUAAGAUCGAUCAUCAGGUGUCGGUGUACAUCGUGGCGGUGCUGGAGUACAUCUCUGCAGAUAUCCUGAAGCUGGCCGGAAACUACGUGAGGAACAUCCGUCACUAUGAGAUCUCGCAGCAGGACAUCACUGUGGCCAUGUGUGCUGACAAGGUGCUGAUGGACAUGUUCCACCAGGUGGAGGAGGACAUCAGUGUGUUUCCUCUGAUGGACGAGGAGCCGUCGGCGGCCGAGGAGCAGAUGUACUAUGAUCUGGUGAAGGCCUUCAUGGCGGAGCUGCGUCAGUAUCUGCGAGACCUGAACCUCAUCAUCAAGGUUUUCCGUGAGCCCUUCGCCUCCAACACCAUGCUGUUCUCUCCUCACGACGUGGAGAACAUCUUCAGCCGGAUCGUGGACAUCCACGAGGUGACGGUGAAGCUGCUGGGAUUGAUCGAGGACACGGUGGAGAUGACGGACGAGGGCAGUCCUCAUCCGCUGGUGGGCAGCUGCUUCGAGGACCUCGCUGAGGAGCUGGCCUUUGACCCAUAUGAGACGUACGCACAGGAUAUCCUGCGCAGCGGCUUCCACGAUCACUUCCUGAGUCAGCUGUCCAAGCCCGGAGCGGCGCUCUACCUGCAGUCCAUCUGUGAAGGCUUCAAAGAGGCGGUGCAGUACGUGUUGCCACGGUUACUCCUCACGCCCCUCUACCACUGUCUGCAUUACUUCGAGAUUCUGAAGCAACUGGAGGAGAAGAGCGAGGAUGAGGAGGAUAAAGAGUGUCUGAAGCAGGCCAUCACUGCCCUACUGAACCUGCAGAGCAGCAUGGAGAGAAUCUGCUCCAAGAGCCUCGCCAAGAGACGCCUGAGCGAGUCGGCGUGCCGCUUCUACAGUCAGCAGAUGAAGGGCAAACAUCUGGCCAUCAAGAAGAUGAAUGAGAUCCAGAGGAACAUCGACGGCUGGGAGGGCAAAGACAUCGGCCAGUGCUGCAACGAGUUCAUCAUGGAGGGGACGCUCACACGGGUCGGAGCCAAACACGAGCGCCACAUCUUCCUGUUCGACGGCCUGAUGAUCUGCUGCAAGUCCAACCACGGCCAGCCGCGUCUGCCAGGAGCCAGCGCCGCCGAGUACCGGCUCAAGGAGAAGUUCUUCAUGAGGAAGGUCCAGAUCAACGACAAGGACGACAAGGAGGGCGAGUACCGGCACGCCUUCGAGAUCAUCCUGAAGGACGGGAACAGCGUGGUGUUCGCUGCUAAAUCUGCGGAGGAGAAGAACGGCUGGAUGUCGGCGCUGAUCUCGCUGCAGUACCGCUCCACACUCGAGCGCAUGCUGGACACGGCCAUGAUGCAGGAGGAGAAGGAGGAGCAGAUGAGGCUCCCCGGGGCCGAGGUGUACCGCUUCGCUCAGCCCGACUCCGAGGAGAACGUCGUGUUCGAGGAGAACGUCCAGUCCAAAUCCGGCAUUCCCAUCAUCAAAGCCGGAACGGUGCUGAAGCUCAUCGAGCGGCUGACCUUCCACAUGUACGCCGAUCCUAACUUCGUCAGGACGUUCCUGACCACGUACCGAUCGUUCUGUAAACCUCAGGAGCUGCUGGGUCUGCUCAUGGAGAGGUUUGAGAUUCCUGAACCUAAACCCACGGAAGCGGAUCAGAUGGCCAUCGAGAACGGAGACCAGCCACAGAGCGCAGAACUCAAACGCUUCCGCAAAGAGUUCGUUCAGCCGGUCCAGCUCAGGGUGUUGAAUGUGUGCAGGCACUGGGUGGAGCAUCACUUCUAUGACUUCGAGAGAGACGCUCAGCUGCUGCGGCGACUGGAGGAGUUCAUCGGCACGGUCAGAGGUAAGGCCAUGAAGAAGUGGGUGGAGUCUAUCACGAAGAUCAUCCAGAGGAAGAAACAGGCUCAAGCCAACGGCCCCAGUCACAACAUCACGUUCGAGAGCUUACCGCCUCCCAUCGAGUGGCACCUAUGUAAAGCAGGACAGAUAGAUCAGUUUGACCUCAUGACCCUUCACCCCAUCGAGAUCGCCCGACAGCUCACACUGCUGGAGUCAGACUUCUACAGGGCGGUUCAGCCGUCAGAGCUGGUGGGCAGUGUUUGGACUAAAGAAGACAAGGAGAUCAACUCCCCGAACCUGCUGCGAAUGAUCCGCCACACCACCAACCUCACGCUGUGGUUCGAGAAGUGCAUCGUAGAAACGGAGAACGUGGAGGAGCGUGUGGCCGUCGUAUCGCGCAUCAUCGAGAUCCUGCAGGUCUUUCAGGAGCUCAAUAACUUCAACGGCGUUCUGGAGGUGGUGAGCGCCAUGAACUCGUCGCCCGUCUACAGACUCGAUCACACCUUCGAGCAAAUCCCCAGCAGACAGAGGAAGACUCUGGAGGAAGCUCAUGAACUCAGUGAAGACCAUUAUAAGAAAUAUCUGGCUAAACUCAGGUCCAUCAACCCGCCCUGUGUGCCCUUCUUUGGGAUUUAUUUAACAAAUAUUCUGAAAACUGAGGAGGGAAAUCCAGACUUCCUGAAGAGACACGGCAAAGAGCUGAUCAACUUCAGCAAACGGCGGAAAGUGGCGGAAAUAACGGGAGAAAUCCAGCAGUACCAGAACCAGCCGUACUGCCUCCGUGUGGAGAACGACAUACAGAAGUUCUUUGAGAACCUGAACCCGAUGGAGGACAUGACGGAGAAGGAGUUCGCCGACUAUCUGUUCAACAAAUCUCUGGAGAUCGAGCCGCGUAACGCUCGCACACUGCCUCGAUUCCAAAAGAAGUACAGCUGUCCUCUGAAGUCUCCGGGUGUUCGCCCGUCCACCGUCCGCACAGGAACCAUGCGGCACCCGACGCCGCUGCAGAACGAGCCCCGAAAGAUCAGCUACAGCCGCAUCCCAGACAGUGAGACGGAGAGCAGCGCCGCUUCAGCUCCCAACUCUCCCCGCACUCCACUGACGCCUCCAGCAGCCUCCACCACAUCCAGCUCCACCGACAUCUGCAGCGUGUUCGACUCGCCACAGCCGCCCUCCAGCCCCUUCCACUCCAACACUGACACUAUAUUCGCUCCGGUCUCUCUCCCACACGGCCCACGAUCUUCCUCAGUGUCCUCGAUGAUGAGUUUCCUCCGGAAUGACGAGCUUCCCGUUCCUCCGCCGAUCCCACCGCGCCGCCGGCCGGAGUCUGCGCCCGCCGAGGCCUCGCCUUCCAAGAUGAUGUCGAAGCACCUGGACAGUCCUCCGGCGAUCCCCCCGCGGCAGCCCACCACUAAAGUGUACUCGCCCCGUUACUCUCUGACAGAGCCGCCCGACAGCCCCCCCACCCUGCCGCCGCGGGAGCCGGUGCGGACCCCAGACGUGUUCUCCAGCUCCCCGCUGCACCUGCAGCCGCCUCCGCCGGGACGCCGCUCCGAACCCAGCCAGGCCUUCUUCCCUCCGCAGAUGCCCGGGCCACCCGUCCCGCCGCGCCACAGCACCUCGCAGUCACCCAUCCCCAAACUCCCCCCCAAGACCUACAAGAGAGAGUCGGUGCACCGUGACGGGCCGCCGCUGCUGGAGAACGCCAACCCCUCGUAGACACGCUUACAGACAGUGCUGCAGACGAGACGACAGCAACAUGUGCCCUUAAAGGGGCGGUUCAGCAGAGAAAUGGGAAUUCUGUCAGUGUUUAGUCACCCUCAAGCUGUUUCAAACCUAUAUGAGUUUCUUUCUGGUGCUGAACACAAAGAAUAUUUGUUGCCCAUGUAAUGGAAAUAAAGGGGAACUGGGAAUUUGCUACUAGUAUUCUUCAAAAUAAUUAGAAGACAACCCCAAAAUAUUUAUAUUUUUAGAAUGUUGGUAACCAAACAGCUGACGGCACCCAUAGACUUCCAUAGUAUUUAUGCUCCAUAUAAUAGUCAGUGGGAACCAAAAUUGUUUUGGUACCAACAUUUUUUAAAUUAGAAGACACUUAGAAGAACCCCUCAAAAAAAAAAAAAAAAAAGUUUGCAUGUUGGUAACCAAACAGCUGACGGCACCCAUAGACUUCAAUAGUAUUUUAAGCCAAUAUAAUGGAAAUCAAGGGGAACUGAAAUUUUGUUAACAUUCUUAAAAAUAAUUAGAAGACGCUUAGAAAAACUGUAAAAAAAAAAAAAAAAAAAAAUAAUGUUAAUAACGAACAGUUGACGGCACCCAUAGACUACCAUAGUAGUUUUUGACCAUCUAAUCAAUGGGAACGAAAGCUGUUUGGUUACCAACAUUCUUCAAAAUAUUUAGAAGACAUUUAGAAUUACUUGAAGAUAGUUUGAGAAAUGUUGGUGAUGGCUGACGGCACCCAUAGACUUCCAUAGUAUUUUUUGCCCAUAUAAUGGAAAUCAAGGGAAACUGAAUUGUUGUUACCAACAUUU